AAAAAAGGCCAUGCCGUGGUUUAGCUAGUAGCUGUGAUCGAAUCAGUUUGUGAUGUAUGAAUGUGUGCGCGGGCAAAUAUUCAUUGUUUACAUUUAGUCUGAUAAGUUUAGUGCGGUUGAAUUAGGGAAAAAAUAUACAUAAUCUUGACAAUUGCCUGAAGAAAAUCUCUUACGUCAGCAGAUAAAAAAAGAAAAAUAAAUUUAACAAAGAAAAAAAAAAAAGAAUAUUAAAAAUGGACCGGAAUGACAGUGCCUUGGGCUAUAUAUUAUCUGGUUGCAUAUUCUAUGUAUUUGGAUUGAAGUGGUGCUACGAAUACGCUAAAUACUGGCACAGUCACCGUGAUUUGGAUCACGAACGAGAACCGACGAAGCUCGUCAGGGCUUCUCGGAACUGCCAGAAACUGUUACGACGACAUCCGCUGGAGGGAACCCUCAAGUUAUUAGCGACUGCGAUGGGCUUGGCAAGCACCCUCACGGGAAACUUGCCUAACAGCGUUGAGACGGCGCCAUCGCCGAAGGUGGUGCACGCGACAAUUUACCUCUUUUUUGCGCUCUCAGGCCUCGUCGAUGUUCUCACUUUCUACUUUCCCCACGUCGUGAGCGACGGUCUGGCCAAAAUGGCGCUUGCCCAGGCCUUCUUUAUCGAGGGAUUUUUAUUUUUGUGGACCAGCCAGUCCAAUAACUCUGCGAUAGUCUUGGCUAGGAUCGUCUGGACCAGCUCCUUUGCCGUCGUUCUCGAGUUGGUCUGGCCCGAGAUGAAGCUCCUGAGGGCAGCUUCCACUCUGCUUCACGGUAGCUGGCUCGCUCACAUGGUCAGAACCAGGGUGGAAUGCAAUUUUGCCACACUUGCGGAAUGUAAUCUUGAAUCUCUGAAAAUCGAGACUCUAGCUCUUUCCUUCUCCUGGCACUUUGCAGCUUCAUUUAUUGUCACACUCUGCGUAGUCGCGGUCACAAGAAGUUGCGCGCCGAAACUGAGGCCUGAUGAUCCUCCCGAAAUCCCCAUCUAUGAUUACUGCCAUGACGUAGAUCAGAGAGUUUAGAGCCAAAUUUGUUCAGUUUGUGAUACAUGAAAAAGCCUUGAUAGAUCCCAACUUCUUAUCUCUGAUCACAGUAACACGAUUUAUUAGCUAUUUUAUAAAUGUGCCUUGUUUAUUUUUGCUCGCAACCUGUAAAGACGUCUCAAGUGGUUCAUUUUGUUUUCUCAUUAAUUUUUUUAUUUACUCAAUUUUUACUCGUAUAUUGUAAUUGAUAAUAUUGUCGAUUCACGUACCAAUUUUAUUUAGCUAUAUCGAUCGUCUUUACAGCAACUCGCUUUUAGUAUCUAAUACUUAUUGCCACAUGAUCAAGUUGUUCUCGUUAUUAACGUGCCUAAGGUAAACAAUGUUUUUAUACAAUAAAUUUGUAUAUAAUAUUUUUUGUGAUAUUACUGUAACAUACAAUGAAAAAGUGUUAUUAUUCAACCAGUCGCCAAUUGCCAGUGCCUCACAUGAUAUAUGUAAUCAUGAUGUAUUUUAAUACCGUGUAAUUGUAAUAUUGUAUAGUCUUAUAUGCAUAUAAGCGUUGUUAAAUCUUGUACACUGUUAUCCAGAUCUUGAACUUCUAGAUCUG